AUGUUUAAAAGCAAAAUGAUUUGGUUAUCAUUUAUUGUGUGGCUUGUAGUAGUAGGAAAGUCAAUAGGAUUCUGUCCAUCAUUAUGUUCAUGCAAAGGUACAAAAGUGGGUGAUGGUGAACCUCAACCUGAAGAGCCCUUAAAGUUAAGAUGUGGAGGAAGUCCAACACAAAUAACUGAACUGAAAGAGAUAGAUCUUACUAAACUACUGGCAGUUGUUGUCAGCUUAAACUUAUCAGGCAAUGCAAUAACAACACUCUCCCGAGAACUUAAUUUACCAAAGUUACAAAAACUAGACUUAAGUAAGAAUCAAGUUAAUUUGAUAGAAUCUGAUGCAUUCUACAACAUGACAUCAAUACAAAGACUGGAUUUAUCGCACAAUCAAAUAAGAAAUGUCUAUAAAGAAAUGUUUAAGGGUCUCAUUAACUUGGAAAGAUUGAAUUUAUCACAUAAUUAUAUCUCUGUGCUUAACACAGGCACAUUUGACUAUCUUGUUGGUUUGAAACAAAUCGACAUAACAGAAAAUCCAUUGAAUUGUGAUUGUAACCUUUUAUGGUUUGGUGACUGGAUAAGGAAUACAAGUGUAAGGCCAGUGGGUGGCCCCAAAUGUGCAUUUCCAGAAAAUAUGGCUGACAAGCUAGUCAAAAAACUAAAAAUCUUUCUCGAUCUUUCUGCAUGCGGUAGUGUCUUACCAGCAAACAAUCUAAUUGUAAGACCAUCACAUGAUCAAGUGGUGUUUGAGGGUGAUACACUAAGUUUGACAUGUAGUGCACCAUUUGCAUCUGUUAUUGCAAAAUAUGAGUUAAACUGGGUGCAUUCUAUGCAAGAAUGCUGUGCUGAUGUGAACAUAACGAGUACAGAUAUGCAAGAAGAAGGAUUGGCGGAAACAACAGUAUUCUUUCCAUGUGUUUCAAACCACCAUGCUGGGAAUUGGACUUGCUCAUACUGUGACCAGAAUCAUAUUAAGCAUAACUAUACAAUUCAGCUCAUUGUCUUAUCAAACUAUACACAAUACUGUCCUACAGAUACUACAACAGGGAACAAAGGGUUGUAUUCUUGGCCCCAGCUGUUAUUGAACCAUACAGCAUCUGUACCGUGCCAGAGUGGUGAUGGAUUAGCAUAUAGACAUUGCUAUGCGAAUGUGACGUGGGGUCAAGCUAAUACCACAGAAUGUUCAUACAUAAGUAAUAUAACCAAGUUGUUGCAGCAAUUUGCCUUAUUAAAUGUUAGCUUGGUACAAUUUUCUGCAAUAAAUGCUACUGAAAGACUGGCCAUGUUGAUUGAAGAGAAGACAUAUCCGUUAGCAGAAAUUUCAGAUGCUGAUGAUGUUAUGUUUAUUGCCGCUGCUAUUAGAAAUUAUAUGCAGUACAUAGGAGAAGAGAAGGAUUUAGGUUCAGCUUUACUGGAAGUGAUAGAAGCGGCUAUGAAUAUAUCAACUCCAGUGAUGUCCCAAGCGGAAGUUACGCAUGGUGCGUGCACCGACAUGGUGAGAGCUGCUGAAGAAAUAUCCACACAUACAGACAAUGUUCAAGGACACAAGAAAAAGAUGGCGGUGGAGCGUUUUCCCGCUCGUGAAGGUUUUAGUGGAGUGACGUGUGUGUGGUACAGCGGGAUGACGGAUAGGAGGCUUCACUGCUCGACAACUAAUAGGACUGUGGCGCCAUUACUCACCGUCACUGAUGCACUUAUACACGCUAGUGUACAGAUUCCCCAAUCACUGCUGUACAGCACGACAGAUUCGGGUGUACUUUUGCAAAGUCAACCCCAAGAACUAGUUGUAUCUUUCUACGAGGAUGCCUCCUUGUUCCCGCUACUUCCAAGUAUGGAUGAAGGAAACAUCAGGGGUCACAGGUCAAAGGACUACUAUGGCCGAAGUACUAAACGCGAGGAUAUGAAUAUGGAAAUUACAUCACCGGUGGUUGGAUUUCAAUUGGAUAAGGUGUCUGUCCGCGGUGAGCUUCUAGAGCCCAUAAUAAUAACAGUACGUCUAUCGUGUGGUGGUGGCGUUGAAGCUCGUGCUGCUGUAUGGGAACACACCACGAGGCGGUGGACUGAUAAUACUACCGACUGUCGCAUAUCGCACGUUGUAUCAGAAAUGAUAAUCAUCAGUUGUAAUCGCUUAGCGUACGUUGGGUUGCUUCAAAAUGUCGAAACGGGCAUAUACGGGGCUCGCACCGACGGAGCUCGCUUCAAAGUCUCUCAUCCGGCUGUGUACGUCGGGAGCCUUAUUCUCAUCGGCUGCGUCAGCUGUGCCACACUCACGUACAUAAUGUGUCACGCCAGUAUACAGAUGCCCAAAAAGUCUAAACACGCGCUAAUAAACACCUGGAUUGCGAUAGGGUUGCUAUGUUUCUUGUACACUUUAGGCAUCUACCAGACCGAGGACGUCAAGCUUUGCCAGGUUUUGGGCCUUUUGAUCCAUUAUCUAUCUUUGUGCUGCCUUCUUUGGAUGUGUGUGUCGGCUAGUAACAUGUACAAGUGGGUCACGAAAACCCACGGCCCGGUCAGAACUCCGGAAGACGAAAUACCCUCGGAUAUACCAGUGCAAAAGCCGAUUUUAGGCCUGUAUUUAGUCGGGUGGGGCAUAGCCCUGAUCGUUUGUGGAAUAUCUGGGGCAGUCAAUUUGAAAGAUUAUGCUGGAUAUUCUCAAUGUUUCUUGAGCACCGCUCCGGCGCUGAGCGCUCUGUUCAUACCGGGGGUGAUUUUACUCAUGAUUUUGUCCAUUCUAUUUCUCCUCAUACGAUGUACUAUAAGGAACACGAAUGUUCAGUUGUCGGAAGGCACUCAGGCCACAGAGAAUGUCGAUUUAGAAAUGUGGGACCCAAAUCAGGCAAAUGAGGCGGAUAUGCGAAGUAUCAAAUCGGGCGUUGAUUCUGAGACAGAAGAUGUGGAACAUACACCCAUAAUUCAGUUACGAGCGCAAGUUAUUGUGCUGUGCCUAUAUAUUGCAGUAUGGACGUGUGGGGGAGUUGCUGUCUAUAGGCCGUUACCAGCAUAUUUACCUUACCAAGAGGACAUUUGCAGUAUCGUUUACGCUGUUUGUGCGACCAUAUUAGGAACGUUUAUUCUUUUCUUCUACGGCAUAGCUCGCAGUGACGUCAGAGCGCAGUGGUCGCUAAUGCAUUGCUACCUGCAGUCGAGUAAACAGUGCUGCAGGAAUAGAAGCGUCUUUGAUGCAAAUCAGAGAAAUAUAUCUGCGAAUCCUAACAAUGCUCAGGUUACGCAAAUAUCGGGCGAUAAUAGAUCCAGAUCGGGCAGCCGAAGCUCUAACCGAACAAACUCCAAAACAAACAACAGUGGCACCUUCAAGGCUGGCGCGGAACUCAAUGGACAAACUUUACAAAAAGAUGCUUCUAAAAAUAUAAACGGAAAAACCCCGAAUAUAAAUCUUGUCGUCUUACACAGACAGCAGUACAGAUCUAACAAUUCAAUGAUGACGUAUCCAGAUAGUAGCAACUUCAUCCCUGAGAUGUUUUAUAACCCGAAUCAGAUCAAUGUCGCAAAGAAGUUCUUUAAGAAACAAAGACAACAUAUGAAGAGGAAUUGCUUAGAAUUACCCAUAAAAAGAAAUUACGAUGAAGAUUCGCAUAUUUCAUUACCAUUACCAUCGAAGGACCCGUACAGUGGACUUACUAAUAUGAUGAAAUCAGGAACGAAAGUUAAUAACACAAAUAUUCAUGUAGACAAACCUAAUGGAACCAAAGACAUACGAAAUACAAUGAAUCCUAACUUGUUGGAGCAGGAGUCAAAAGAUUUGAAAAAUUAUUCAACAGUAAACAAGCCUUGGAAUAGGAACGAUGAUCCAAAGUCUGGAAGAGAUCAGAUCAUGAAUAUUUACACGAAUGUGCCAGAAACUCAAGUGCCUCAGCAUCAAGUUGUAAAGUCUAAUGUUCAAAAACCAUUAAAUGGACAAAGAAAUAGUGUGUCAGAGGAAUGUCUCCAAAGUCACGCUAGCGAACAUCCCGAGAUGCGUACAAUAUCGCAACAAUGUAGUUUAGAAUAUAGUUCAGCAUCAGAAAUGGCGAUGCCGCACACUUGCUCUGACCAAACCAUCAAUACACAUUCAGAAAUGACCUCUCUCCAAGAAACUCAUAGUGCCUUAUGUUCUACAAAUGAAAUAACCGACACAGAAAGCUUCGGACAAUAUAUUGAUUAUUUACAGCCUGCGAAGAACCAAGAUAAUAAAGAAGCCCUGGACAAAUCAUUACAGGAUAUCUCAGAAGAGUGUACAAUGAAUAGUGAUGAAAUAAAUCGCUCCAGUACGCCGCAAACUUUAGACGCGAUUGGAGAAAUGGACAAUUUACUACAAAAUCCAGACAACGAUCUCGACGGGUCCAAAGAGAAACUCGAAGAUGGCGGCAAGGAAGAAUAUUUUAUGGCGAAAAACACGUAUGACUUUGAGACCUGCAGCACUAAUGCGAGUGAGCAAGGGUUUGAAAAUGAGAGUGAUAUAUACUGUCCGAACUAUCAAGUGUCGGAAGUGAGUAUACGCAGUCAUGGUCUAUACGCACCGUCGCCAUCUUCUAUGUGCCCCAACGAGAUCAGCUUUAGCAACGAAGACGUGUCUACGAUGGAAAAUCAGUACGUGAACUAUGACCCAGGCUGGCGUAGAACGAUAAAGAACAAUCCAAAGUUGGGCAAAUACGUUCCAACGCCAGCGCUAAGUUGUCCAGAAGUCAAUCGAGAGAGCCCUGUGUCGUUUUCCAGUGAUUUAGAUGAACUUUACACGCAGAUUACUAGUAGGGACAAAGAGCGGGUGGCGAGGAAGGAGCAACUCGAUGUGACAGUUAACAGUGACGUGACACUUAAACCUGACAGUGACAGUUGCGUUAGCGAAGCGGUGUCAGAUGUCGAGUGUCGAAAAGGGGAGACUACUGUGUAA